CUUUGGGAAUGACAGGAGUGCUGCAGGAUUCGCAAAGAAGGGGAAGUGUCGCCCUUGUUGGUCCUGUUUGGAUUACUUUGACUUGUUUUUACGCACAGUCUUUGGAUUCACCACCUUUCUACACAUAGUACGGCCUCAGCAGAUUCCUCAGCCAUGUCGGAGGACCUGAGCUCCCAACCCUGGUCCAUCAACAAAGAUGAUUAUGAGCUACACGAGGUGAUUGGGAGUGGAGCCACAGCGGUGGUCCAGGCAGCCUACUGUAUACCACGCAAGGAGAAAGUGGCCAUCAAACGCAUCAACCUAGAGAAGUGCCAGACCAGUAUGGACGAACUCCUGAAAGAGAUUCAGGCCAUGAGCCAGUGCCACCACCCCAACAUCGUGUCUUACUACACCUCGUUUGUGGUAAAGGAUGAGCUGUGGCUGGUCAUGAAGCUGCUCAGUGGCGGCUCCGUACUGGACGUGAUCAAGCAUAUCAUCUCACGAGGUGAACACAAGACGGGCGUCCUGGACGAGGCCAGCAUAGCCACUGUUUUGAAAGACGUGCUUGAGGGCCUGGAGUACCUACACAAGAACGGACAGAUCCACAGAGAUCUUAAGGCUGGAAACAUUCUCCUCGGGGACGAUGGUUCAGUGCAAAUUGCAGACUUUGGCGUCAGUGCCUUCCUAGCCACAGGUGGUGACAUCACUCGAAAUAAAGUGCGCAAGACGUUUGUGGGAACGCCAUGCUGGAUGGCCCCGGAGGUCAUGGAGCAGGUGAGGGGUUAUGAUUUCAAAGCAGAUAUUUGGAGUUUUGGGAUCACAGCCAUCGAGCUUGCCACAGGGGCCGCACCGUAUCACAAAUAUCCGCCAAUGAAGGUGUUGAUGCUGACGCUGCAGAAUGACCCUCCUACCCUGGAGACCGGCAUCACAGACAAGGAGAUGGUGAAGAAAUAUGGCAAAUCCUUCAGGAAGAUGAUCUCCCUGUGUCUACAGAAGGACCCAGAGAAAAGGCCAACAUCCUCAGAGUUGUUGAAGCAUAAAUUCUUUCAGAAAGCAAAGACCCAUGAGUAUUUACAUGAGAAGUUACUUCAGAGGGCGCCCACAAUAACAGAGAGGUCAAAAAAGGUACGUCGAGUGCCAGGUUCCAGCGGCCGGUUGCAUAAAACGGAGGAUGGCGAAUGGGAAUGGAGUGACGAUGAGCUGGAUGAAGAAAGCGAAGAGGGCAAAGCGGCUGUUGCGGCCUUAAGGUCACCACGAGUGAAGGAGGGAUCACAGAAUUCAGAGGUUUUCCAGACUCCGGAGCCCUUAAGUAGUCAACUCCAGCCGACGGCCGCAGGUCAGGCAGAACUACCUCAGGCUGCAGGCCAGGUUCCACUGCAGCCCACACCAGUCAACACUCAAUCCACUGCCCAGGCUGCAUCUCCCACACCGGGCGUACCUGCUGCUGCUGCUGCUCCCACACAGGUUCCAACUGCUUUAGGGGAUGCUAAGGCUCCUAUUAGUUUGGUAUUAAGGUUAAGAAAUUCAAAGAAGGAGCUAAAUGACAUCCGCUUUGAAUUUAUGCCAGGGAGAGACACAGCAGAUGGUGUGUCCCAGGAGCUGGUGUCAGCGGGCCUGGUGGAUGGGAGGGAUUUAGUAAUAGUUGCUGCAAAUUUGCAGAAAAUAGUUGAUGAGCCUCAAGCCAAUAAAAAUGUCACUUUCAAACUGGCCUCUGGAAUUGAGGGAUCUGAAAUACCAGAUGACGUCAAACUGAUGGGCUUUGCUCAGCUCAGCAUUAGUUAAACUGUUGUUCUACCUGGGACCGUGACUUGCCUAAAAAAUGUGAAAAUUUAAAAAAAAAAUAGUUUAAUGCAUUUU